GUGCGUGGUCCGAGAGAGCCAGCGUGUUUGGGUUGCGCUCCAGCAGCGGUGUGUGAGUGGGAUGCUGCCGUGGUGUGUAAAACUGCAGCAUCAACUUUACAAGGUGGAGGGAGCACCAGAACACAGCUUCCGCUCCCAUCCCGUCCCGCCACUAGCAUCGGGCGCUCACUAACGAUGCCAUCGUUGGGGUAAAAGACUCCUCUAGGCUCGGAGACGAUGUGGCGACCUGAUUGGCUGAGUGCGACAUGACGGGACGCUCCGGGGCAGAGAACCAAAGGACUUUCACACACAUGAAGAAUCACAGUUGCCUUGAUCCACGCCCUCCCUUUCCUUGUUGACUGUUGAUGUCAUUACACCGUCCAGCAAUACACACAAAAACCAGACCGAAGUGAAUGCGACCGCACACGUCAUCCGGUUCAUGAAUCGGCCUGAACUCUGUCGACCGGCGCAGGCGGACGCGGAUCGCGUGUCUACCUGAGGCUGCCCUCUCAUUUUAUGGAGGGCUCGCAUAGUGGCCUGACGACUGGGGAGCUGCCCGGAGGUCAGGGCCAUCCGUCUCAUCCUGAGUCUCCUCAGGGAGACUCCCAGCCCAAGUCCCCGUCCCCGCGGCGGCCCCGGCAGCAACAGGCUCCGCCCCCUCAGAAGCCCCAUGUCGCCCCCCGCCCGACAAAACAGCCACGGAGAACGCAUCCUCAGCGCAAGCGUCUCAAACACCAGCAGCGGAGUGUCGAGUCGGACGCCAUGACGGAAGGUAGCCAUGCCGAAGAGGCGACGACGACGAAGACAAAGACAACGACAACAACAGCAGCAACAGCGGUAGCGGCAGCAGAAACGACAACAGCAACUAAAAUAACAUCAAAGGUGACCAGGGUUCCCGGUCCGUCAUCUGGAGUCCCGGUGUGCUCUGCCACCGGAUCCGUCCCGGCGGACCAGGAGACACCGGAGGGAGCGCCAAAACUCAAACGGGAGCGCAAGCCUCCGAGGCCUGGCAAGUACGUCUGCAGCUACUGCGGACGGGCGUGCGCCAAGCCCAGCGUCCUGCAGAAGCACAUCCGCUCCCACACCGGGGAGCGGCCGUACCCCUGUGCCCCCUGCGGCUUCUCCUUCAAGACCAAGAGCAACCUGUACAAGCACCGCAAGUCCCACACACACCGGGUAAAGGCCGGCCUGGCCUUCCCCGAGCCACGGUCUCUGGAGGAGCAGGGGACGGAGUCGGAGGAAGAGGCCAAGCAGUGUCCCUCAUCCGCCGCCGGUAUGGAACGCCAGAGCAGCACAGCCUCCACCAAGGGCCACGAAAGCGACGGGAUUAAAGAUUUGUCCGGAGGGAUGGACGACUCUUUUGCGGUGAAGAAGAGACUGGCCAUGCGUCUCAGCAGGGGGAAACGCGGCCCCCUGGACUCGUCUGAGGACCGGUUGUCGUCCUCCCUCUUGGGGAGCAGAGGCAGUACAGAGUCGGGCUACUUCUCCCGCUCUGAGAGCACGGAGCAGACCCAGGACAGCCCCCCAAACACAAGUGCCAAAAGCUACGCCGAAAUCAUCCUGGGUAAAUACGGACGUCUGGGACACCUGCAGAGGAUGUCUCGUCAGCAAAACCAGCAGCUGUCAGGCGAAGAGGAGAAAAACAUCCCGUUUACAGUGCCCAAGAAGCAGGUCAUUGACCACAUCACCAAGCUCAUUACCAUCAACGAAGCUGUGGUGGACACUAGUAAGAUUGACAGUGUGAAACCCAGGAGAUUCUCCCUCUCCAGAAAGGCUAGCUCAGAGUCCCAAAAAAGUGUAAAUAUUAAAGAGCCUAUCAUGGAUCUCCCUAAGAGUGAGGAACCUAGCUAUAAAAAUAGUGGCUCCAUUACUAUGGGUGUUCCAUGUGAAAGAUUUCAGCAUCAGUCUCAAAAAGUAGACCCACUGGCUCCUCAUACAACACCAGCUCCUCUGUUACGGAGUCAGUCCAUGCCAUUCACCACGAGUUCUUUAGAUGCCUCAGGCAAAAGCCCCCCAAGGUUUCGCCAAAGUCAAUCCUUUGAACAACGGACGCCUUCUCAACUCCAAACGUCCCGUCGCUUUGGGAUGCUACGACGGCAGCCGGCUAUUGAAAUACCACUUGGUGCUGAACUUCCAAAAGAGGACCAUUGCAGUUUUCACACAUUUCACCCAGAAAACUUGAAAACCACGGUGCCUGACCACACGCCGCCGCGACUGCAACCCUACAAGUCUGAGGCAUGUGGCACUGAGUGCAAAACCUGGGAAGGUUACAAACCCCACAAGCAAGGUGUUGGUUCAGCACAAAACUAUGGAAACGUCAGCGUGUCGUUCGCUAACCAAAAGGACCACCCCAAGGUCAUCAUCCAUUCGGUUCGACCGGGUGCGCAGGCCAUGCGUAAAAGGCGCAAAGAAGAAAGCCUGGAAUCCGACGACCCUUCCUCCCCGGUCACGUGUCCCUCCCCCUCCCAUGCGAUCUCAGCACCUCCUCAAUGCAGAGAGGAAAGCGCCGGAGCUCACGAAGACACCCGGAGACCCAAACCGCACACCCUCUCGGUGAUCCAACACACGAGUUCCUUUGAAAAACAGGACACGUCGUGCGCCGAGAACACACGCAAAGAACCGCCAAACACGUCCCCGACACGUCAGGACCAUCUCACAGCGCUUCAGAAGCCCCCCCACAAGCAACACCCGCCCGACCCGACGCCCCGAAACCUAGUCCACCCACAAAACGUCCGGGUUCCUGAAAUACUGGUGACCGAGGAUUCGAACAUGGACACCCAGUCGUCUUUCAGGACCACGCCUGCGUCGAAGCAGCCCGAGAAACAGGAGGAGUUCCAGUGGCCUCAGAGAAGCCCCACCCUGGCCCAGCUCCCCAUCGAGAAGCUCCCGCCCAAGAAGAAGCGCUUACGCCUGGCGGAACUCGCCCAGUCCUCGGGGGAGUCCAGCUUCGACUCCGGUUCUCUCCCGCCACGUAGCCCCAGCCAGGACAGCAGCGCGUCCUACGCGUCCAGCCGCUCGGCGUCCUUUGAGGAGUCGGGCCGGCUCGACCUGGAGGUGAGCUCCUCUGCCACGCCACUGAGGAGGUCCAGGGCCUCCCACACGCUGACCGUCCCCGGGGUGCACCCGCACCGGGAGAUGAGGCGGUCGGCCUCGGAGCAGGCCCCCCACGACGCCCAACAGGGCACCCUGAUGUACGAGAACCGCAGCAAGUCCUUUGACUACAGCUGCCUCUCCCCCGAGCGCUCGGCCGUGGGCUGGAGAGAGAGGAGGAAGUGCCUCCUCCUCAAACACAGCGCCGUCAGAGAUCCGGAGGAGGAGGUGGAGGAGAAGGGCGCCGGUGGUGAUGUGACAACGCCGUCCGCCUGUCUGCUCUCAGCGCUCGUCAGUGGCACCGCAUCGUCAUCCGACGGGAACUCGAGGGCUGCGGAUCGCGGCGCCUUAGAGGUCUCGUCUCCUUUAUCAGACGACAGGGUGUCGGGUACACCGGCCCGAGAGCUCUUCUCUCAGUGGAAACUCAGCCAGAAUAUUCAGCUGACAGGCAGGAGUGAUCGCACUCCGUUUGACGGCCCCGCCGGUGAGGGGAGCUCCUCUGUCCAGACGGGACAUCCCCCGGGCCUCCCCCCUCGAUGCAUCCAGCACUACCCGGGAACACAGGGUCUCUCCGGGGCAGCGCGGGCUCACUACCUCCCCAUGUCCACGGGGCUGAAGCUCGAGAUCCCCUCGCACACCAACAGGGAGUACUACAGGGUCCAAGCAAGCCCCCUUCCGACUCCUAUCCCUUCUCCCCCAAACAUAACCAUAAACCCUGAAUUGUUAAGACCCCUCCAAUCCCCGUCGGUGGCGGUGCGUCUUCAAGCGGACACCUUUCUCCCGGCGUGCGCCAUCUACACCACCCAGUCUCAGUCCGUCCCCCCGGGGUCCCCCCUCCGGCCCACCAGCAUCGUCCCGUACAUCGCCAGCGCCUCGACCUCUACGCCCCGUGGCCGCGGCAGCGCGGGUCCGGAGGCUUCGGAUUGGUCCGAGGACCUGCUGAGGCCGCCGGGCACGGGCGGCAGCAAGCGGAUGCUGUCGCCUUCGAACAGCAUCGAGUUCAGCCCCGAGUCCCAGCAGCAGCAGAAACGGGUGAAGGAGGAGCAGCAGGAGGAGGAGGAGGAGGAGGAGGAGGAGGAGGAGGAGAGGGGCGUCAGGGACAAGGCGUCGGUCGGCGCGGGAGGUCGAAGCGAGGAGGGCGACAACCGGCAGCGUCCCGGGGCGCGUUCAACCGCCAGACCGAUCGGCGCGUCCUGCCUGAGUCUGGAGUCCGGCACCAGCAACAGCUGGUGCUACCUCAACUACAUGAAGCCCAACCCGUUUGCGCUGGACGAGAGCAGGCCCUCUGUGUACUCCACCUGGUCCACCGGCAGCUACAACCCCAACCCCCCCGGGAUGUCCAGCGGGACGGCUCUGUCGCUGCUGCAGUGCAAGCAGAGCCUGGGCCCCACCAUCUACACCACCUGCCCAAUGGGCCUCAGCAGCGUGGAGCCCAUCCGGGCGGAGGAUCACCAGAGGCCCGUCGCCACGGAGGUCAGCAGCAGCUCGUCAUGCGACAGAGAGCACGCCAGCAGCACCAGGGAGGAGGCCUUGUCAGCAGAAGACAGACGCUCAGAUAAAGGAGAUGAAGAGGAGAGGGAGGAGGAGGAGGAGGAGGGACCAAACCAGGCCGCUAAAUAUAGACACCCACCCCAGCCAUGGACCUGUGGAGAAGGAUCCAGGCAGCAGUCUGGCCUAGUGUAUGAUCGCGGUGGACAGGGAAACCUGACGCAACACACGAAGGUUCCCGGGAAGACGCAUUACAACGAGGCCCCACCCCCACACCACACGGAUGAAGGCGUCUUUGACGGCGUGUCCUUUGACCACGUCGAUGAGGAGCCCCCGGCAGAGUUCCCCCCGGCCCCCCCACAGGAGCGGAGCGGCACGUCCGACAUCAACAACAACAACGAGGAGGACGACCCCCACGAGGACGCAGGGGUCAAAGGCCGCCGCAGGGCUCCGCCGGCCUCUCCCACCAAUCAGAACGCGGGAGAGCCCGGAGGCGGGGCCGGCGGGUCUCCCCCACGGACCCCCUCGGCCGGCUCCAGGCGGGCCCUGUUCGCCCGUCGGCAGCACUCCCUGAGGACCCCCCCGCCGCCCGAGACCCCCCCGCCGCGGACCUCCAGCCCGUCUCCUGACCGCCACCCGGCGACGGUGGCCCCGGCGACAGGGGCCCUGGCUCGCACCCGGUCACCGCCCGGUCUCCCCCGUCCCCAUUCCCCGCCCCCCGUCCCCGCCCCCGCCGCCUCCCCCAGCUCCUCCCCCGGCCUUCAGAUCCACCCGUCCCCGGUCGGGGGGGCUUUGCCCUGCGGCGUUCAGAGCCUGAGUUCUGCUCCCGAGGCGGGUAGCUCGGCUCCGACCCCCCCCCCCCACCGAGACUGGGAGCCGCCGCGGGGAUUGGAACCAACACACAGGAGGCCACGCAGGCUCCGCUCCAGAACCCCGUCCUCCCACUGACCGCUCCCCCCCGUCCCCUGCCCCCCCAGGCCGCCCGGACCCUCCGCCCGGACCCGCUGCCCCCCCCUCCGCGCUCGCCCCCGGGGCUCCUGAGCCACCUGCCCCUCCACUCCCAGCAGCCGGCCGCCGGGACCCCCCCCGGCCGGACCAUCGCCAUCGGGGGGAUCCAUAUGAUCCAGCCUAGACGGGCCCCUCCGUACCGCCCCGCGUGCGGCCCCGGCGCCGGGGGCCCGUCCCCGCUGAGAGGGCGGCUUGAGCAGGAGGAGGAGGAGGAGCAAGAAGAGGAGGCGGGCCCGAGCCCCUCGCGCGGCGACGGGCGAGGGGCGUGCGCGGGGGGCCGGGGCCAGGGAGGAAGGAAACCGCCGGGGCCGUGGCGCGACUCCGAGGCGGGCCCCUUGACCCGCGGAGGGGCGAGACACGUGGCGAAGAGGCGUGUCCCCCCAGAGACCGAGCAGGAAGAGCAGCCGACGCCCGCUGGCGAGACACCGCUCUGAUGCAGGCGGGAGAGGGGGGAGGGGCCUUUUAAAAGGGGCGGGGCAAAAGAGACAGAAAUGGAGGCUGGAGACGCAGUCGUUCAUUGGCUGUCCAGCUUUGAGUCGGAAGAAGAAGAGAAAGAGCACUUAUGUACAGCUUUGGAAUGAUGCGAUGAUGUUAUUAUAUGAAUUAUAUAUCUAUCUAUAUAUAUGAAUAUAUAUAUAUAUAUAUAGACACUAUGUUGAAUAUGCAGUAUGUUUUGUAAAUCUUUUUUUUAUCCUCUUGAUGUCAUUGGUGUUAAUUUAUUGACGUGCUAUUAUGCAAUCUUGUACUUUGAACAGAAGCAGCUGGAGAAACGAUAAGACAGUUCAGUUUUGUGUUGGCCUUUUUUCCGCCCUAGUUAGCCCACUUUUCGACAGCUAUAAUAUACAGUUGCUGUGUUAAAGUACUGUACGAGCGAGAGUUAUAUGGAAAGGUACUGCAAAUAUUUAUUCACAUGGACCAGUAUUUUUAAAGUGCAAUUCCUGUAAAGAUUGUGUUUUUUUCUAAAGUCAUUCUACGUGGUUGUGUUAUUUUUAUUUAACUUUUUUUUAAUUUGUUUUUAUCUAAUCUAUUUGUUCUUUCGUUUGUCUCUGUUUUUUUUUCCAAAGCACAGGAUCUAAUCAUCUCCUUUAAACGCUUUAUGAAAUGAUGAAGAUCUCUGAUGAAUAUACUCCUAGGGUGCACUGACACAUAAGUCGUUGUCAAAGAGGACACUUGCUUUAUAUACGCAGUAGCUGUUUUUUCUACAGACACGUGUAUUUUUUGUGUUGUUGCUUUUAUAAAUGAUACAAUCACCCUAAUUGUCAUGUUCAUGUUUGCCAUUAAACUUUUCAUUUUUACAGAUUUAUAAUAAAACUGUCCUUUUCAUUGA